ACAAGUCAGGAUUUAAACGCGGAUACCUCUUUGGAUGCGAAGUCAAACAGAAAUAAUGAUUAUGCAAACAAAUGGUCAGUGCUUUUAGAUACAGUUUCAAAUUGCAGUUUUGGAGGUAGCUUCAGAACAGCUUCCAAUAAAGAAAUAAAACUCUCUGAACAUAAUAUUAAGAAAAGCAAAAUGCUCUUCAAAGAUAUUGAAGAACAAUAUCCUAUUAAUUUAGCUUGUUUUGAAAUUAUAAAUACCUCAUUGUUAGAUAAUCCAAAGAAACUCAGCAAACUUGAUUCGCAGUCAGUUAAUACUGUAUCUCCAUGUGUGCACAAUAGCACAUUUAUUUCUGAUCAUGAAAAUCACAGAACCCCUCAGAUGUCAUCUUUAAAGCAGAAUUUUAAUUCAAGCCAUAAUUUAACACCUAGCCAAAAGGCCGAAAUUACAGAACUUUCUACUAUAUUAGAAGAGUCAGGAAGUCAGUUUGAAUUUACACAGUUUAGAAAGCCAAGCCAGAUCAUACAGAAAAAUACAUUUGAAGUGCCUGGAAACCAGAAAGUUAUCUUAAAUACCACUUCUGAAAAAUGGAAAGACAUUAAUCUUCACCUCACAAGAAGUGAUGCCUCAUCUAUAGGUCAGGUAGGUAGCAGAGAGAAAUUUGAAGAUGCAGUUGGAGUUAAACAAAAGUUUGCUUGCUUGUUCAAAAAGAAGUGUAACAAAACUACAUCUGAAAAUGAAGUGGAGUUUGCAGGCUUUUAUUCUGCUCUUGGCACAAAACUGAAUGUUUCUACUGAAGCUCUGCAAAAAGCUGUGAAACUGUUCAGGGACAUUGAGAAUAUUAGUGAGGAGACUUAUGCAGAAGUAGAUACAAGAAGUUUUUCUUCAAGUAAAUGUCAUUCUGUUUCAAUGCAUAAGAUAAAAUAUCAAAACACUAGUAAAAAUUUAAAUGAGAAAAAUAAUGAAUGCCAACUAAUAUUACAAAAUAAUAUUGAAAUUACUUCUGGUUGUUUUGGUGAAGAAAAUCCUGAAAAGUACAUGGAAAAUACAGAAAGUGAAGAUAAGAAAUGUCCUGAUGUCAGAAGAGAGAUUUGUAUAUCAGAAGAAUCUGAUAGCAGUGAUUCAAGUAAAAAUGAUACAGUUUAUAACAAUGAAAGUUACUUGUCAUAUACUGAUAUGCAUAAUAUGUAUCUUAAAUCAUCUAGCCAGUUUAUAAAGCAGAGAAGCACACAACUUAAAGAAAGUUUGUCAGAUUUAACUUGUUUGGAAGUUGUGAAAGAUGAAGAAACAUGUCAUAUUGAUUCUUCCAAUAAAGAACAGUUAACUGUAGGUGAAAUGGAGCAAAACAUUAAAAAUUUUGGUACAUUCUUUCAGACUGCAAGUGGAAAAAAUAAUAGUGUCUCCAUUGAGUCAUUUAGUAAAGUUAUAAAUUUCUUUGAUAAAAAACCAGAAGAGCCAAGUGACUUUUCAGAUUCCAUUAAUUCUAAAUUACUAUCUGGUGUAAUAAAGAACAAAAUAGACUUUUCAAGUCAUGAGCAAACAGACUUGGUUAAAAACAAAAUAUUGGAAGAACAUAUCCCAAUUGGUAUUGAAAAUCAAUUACUGACUAUCCAGCAACAACCCAAAUGUGAAAUAAGAAAGAGUAAAGAAACUACUCUAUUGAGUUUUCAUACAGCUAGUGGGAAGAAAGUAAAAAUUGCCAAGGAAUCUUUGGACAAAGUGAAAAAUCUUUUUGUUGAGAAAGAACAUGUUAGUAAAAUCACCAACUUUAGUUUUCAAGGGACAAAGACCCUAAAGGACAGAGAGGACUAUAGAGAAGGUCUUGAAUUACUGUGUGAGAGAAUUGAAAUAACUGUCCCAAAGUAUAAAGAAAUGAAAAACUCAGAUGAUAAUGAGAAAAAUUUUGUUUAUAGGGAUACUGAGGUGCAACCCAGGUUAAGUGAUAAUUUAUAUAGACAAACUGAAAAUCUCAAAACAUCAAACAGUAUCUUGAAAUUUAAAGUACAUGAAAAUUUAGAGAAAGAAAUAGCAAAAAGUUCUACAGCUUGUUGCAUAAAUCAGUCCCCUUAUUCAGCCAUUGAAGAUUCAGCUUUAGGAUUUUACACAGGACAUGGUAGAAAAAUUUCUGUGAGUCAGGCUUCAUUUGCUAAAGCAAAACAAUUGUUUACAGAAGAAUUAGAUAAUAAACCAGAGAAAACGAAUACCACCAAGGUUGUUUGUAUAAAGGAAUAUCCUGAGGAUUGUGUACAAAAUCUUUCAUAUGAAAAUAGUUCAAAUAGUAUCAUAACUGAAAAUGACAAAACUCAUCUUUCUGAAAAGCAAAAUUCGACUUAUUUAAGUAACCAUAACAUGUGUAACAGCUACUCAUACCAUUUUGAUUUUUGUCAUUCCAAUGAUGCAUAUGAUGAUUCAGGGUAUUUCUCAAAAAAUAAAAUUGAUUCUGGCAUUGAGGCAGUCAUGGAGAAGGUCGAUGACAAAAACACUAGUAUUUCUGAAGUAUCUACUGUGAGAGAAGCAAGUACAUACCCACAAACUGUAAAUGAAGAUAUUUGUGUUCAGAAACUUGUGACUAACUCUUCAUUACACAAAAAUACAGCCAUUGACUUGGGCAUACCUGAUUCAAAUAAUUUUGAGAUAGGGUCACCUGCAUUCAGUAUAACCAGUGAUAUUUCACAUGAAACAAAAAAAGUGGAAGAGACAUUGACAGGCAACUGCAAUAAGGUAAUCAAGCAAAGUGCUAAGAGUAGAUCAGGUACUUGUCAGACAAUUGUGGCAGGUGAAGUAUUGGAUAAUUCAGAGGAUAUUGAUAUCCCGAACUCUGAUGAUGAAGAAUGUACAGAUUCACAUAAGGUUCUUGCUGACAUUCAAAGUAAACAAAUUUUGCAGCAUAACCAAAGUACAUCUGGACGGGAGAAAGAUUCUGAAAUACCACUUUGUCAUGUUGGUUUGAAAACAUCUGAUAAACGUAAAUUUAAUAUAGGGGACUUUCCCCAGUCAAUCUCAUCUACAAAUGCUUAUGGGAUUUUUAGCACAGCAAGUGGAAAAUCUGUCCAAGUAUCAGAUGCUUCAUUACGAAAGGCAAGACAGGUGUUUUCUGAGAUAGAAGAUAGUGCUAAGCAGCGCUCUUCCGCAGUAUCACUUAAUAAUGAGCAUUCCAAGCAGUUCACAAGAGAAGAAAAUACUAUGGUGCAUACCCCUCAGAAUGUACUGUCACCCCAAAAAACCUUUUCAUAUAAUGUAAAUUCAUCUGCUUUCUUUGGAUUUAAUACAGCAAGUGGAAAACAGGUUACAAUUUCAGAAAGUGCCUUACACAAAGUUAAGGGAAUGUUUGAGGAAUUUGACUCAAUCAAAGCUGGACAUACUCAUCAGCAUUCACCUACAUCCAGACAAGAUGUAUCAAAAAUACUUACUUGUGGUGAUGAGAAAGCUCCAGAACGCUCUGUAAACUCUAAAAUCCAAAAGGUGUACAAUCAUGAAUUUAAAUUGUCAGCUAACUCUAGUAUUGAAAGUGGUUCUUCAGAAGAUAAUCACUCUAAAAUUUCUCCAUGUCUGUCUCAGUUUAAGCAAGACCAACAGUUGACACUAGGAAACAAAGUGUCACUUGUUGAGAACACUGCUGUUUUGGGAAAAGAACAAGCUUUACCUAAAAACAUGAAAAUUGGUAAAACUGAAACUUUUUCUCAUGUUCCUAUGAAAACAAAUGCAGAAGUAUGUUCUGCUUACUCCAGAGAUCCAGAAAACUGUUUUGAAAUAGAAGCAGUGGAGAUUGCCAAAGCUUUUAUGGAAGAUGGCGAGCUGACAGAUCCUGAACAACCAACUCAUGCCAAACACUCAUUGUUUGCAUACCCAAAAAAUGAGGAAAUGGUUUUGCUAAAUUCAAGAAAUAGGAAAAAAAGAGGAGUUGCCCUUGAUUCAAUUGGAGAACCACCAAUCAAAAGGAGCUUGUUAAAUGAAUUUGACAAAAUAAUAGAAAAUAAAGAAAAAUCCUUAAAGGCUUCAAAAAGCACUCCAGAUGGCAUAAUAAAAGAUAGAAGAUUGUUCAUGCAUCAUGUUUCUUUAGAGCCAGUUACCUGUGGACCCUUUAGGUAA